CCAACCCAAUGUGGAGGACCCGUCUUCCCUUAUCGCCCUUCUUCUCCCCCACCGCCCGCGCCAUCUCCACCGCCGUCAUACCACAUCCUUCUCCUUUGACCCUGUCCCCCCGGCGUUAGAUACAGCGGCGGGCGGGCGAGAGCACCGCCAUUCUUCUAGCUGGUGGCGUGGCAUUUGGUGUCUCCUUCUUCCUGUAAACUGUAAGCUCCCUUCAUUUCGUACCUUGGUACCUACUACACCACACCGUGCGCAGAAGCUCGCCGCACCCGGAUACGUCUCAUCUCCGAAAUGGAGAGCCCGCCCCCGUCGCCGCCGCUCGCCCUUUCCAUCGUCAUCUGUAUGCAUAUGUAUGCAUCCUGAGAUUGAGCGGUGUGGAAGCAAUCUUUUAGGUUCUCUUCAGUUCUUCCGAUGGAUCCACUUGUCCACCGAAAACCCAAACAAUCCAUGCAAAGCUUAGGUGAACAGCAGCUGAAAAUGGGGAUUGAGUUCAGUUACUGUUACUUUAGCUCGGUUAGCUUAUCUUCCACUAGGUGGGAGGACACUGAAGGGUUGCGCCAUCCGGGUAUGGUGGGUGAUGACCAGGAUGGCACCCACAAAAAUAUUAUGGUAGUUGAUGGGCUUGAAUUAUUUGCAGACAGAAGGUAUUGCCCUACUUGCACGAGGUCACGAUCAUGGUCUUGUCAAAAAAUUACAUGGUCAAGGUCAUCCUGGGUUAUCUCCUUAACAUGGCAUCAACUACACCAGUGCCCCAUCCAGGUCCACAUCCACAGGACCAUUUACUAGGUCACAUGGCAUCAAAUACAGACCACACCCACACGAAUCCUCCUCCAGUCUUCCUUGAGUCAACUGCAAGUUUAUGUAACCAUAUAUAUAUUUGUGGUACGAAGGCAGUCAUGAAAGUGGUAUCAAGAAGAGAAGGCAUUGGUAUUGCUGCCUGACCUGAAUUUCUCUAGUGCAAGGUAUAGUGUAGAACUGUCAAUCCACCAUGGGCAUUUUGCCGAUGAUGUUAUCUCUGCUGGUACUCGGGGCACUAGGAAAGCUAGUAGCCCUGGCAUCUGGAGUUGUGACAAGCCAGCAGAUCACCAAGGGGGACUGGGCGCAACCAUCUCGUGCCGGUUUCACGCUCGAUGGCUGUCCGACGAGCUGUGGCAGUGUUAAUUUCAGUUAUCCCUUUGGCAUCGGAUCCAGGUGCUCCCAGGGGCCUGACUUCAACCUCACUUGCGACCACACCACUCAUCCCCCCAGGCUCUUCUUGCGCGACGGCGUCAUCGAAGUGUUUGAAUUCGGCGGCUCUUUGCCUUUUGGUUUAAAGAUCUGGACCUCCUUCUCACAUAUCAUUCCCUUGAAACCUGGUGUUAGUGUCUACAACUUAUCUUUCAAACCACCUGGGAGGUCCUUCCAUCUUUAUCCCUUUGUUCUGAACAUCACUAGCUGCGACCUGGAGGUGUACUCUGUCGAAGAGAAUACCACCCGGUCAAUCUGUGCAACUGUGUGCCCAGAUCCAGAAAUCACACAAGUGGAUAUGCACAACUGUGAUGGUUUUGGAUGUUGUCGUGUAGAUGUGAACAGCUAUGCCGACACUUACCACUUCAAAUUUGUUCGCGACCAAAACACAAAAUACACCAGAGCACACUCUAACCAGACCUCUCAAUUGUGGGAUGAAAUCAGCAUAACUUCCACUGGUGGUUUAAUUUUCUCAUGGGAUAUAGGCGAUGAACCCACCGCCUGUGUUGCCUGUGUCAGCGAACAUGCCGAGUGCCUCGGCUACAACUACAAUACACUAGGCAUGAUAUCAAGAAAUGGCUACAACUACAACUGCGUGUGCAAUGACGGUUAUACAGGCAACCCCUACAUUCCACAUGGCUGCUCCAGUAAUGACAAAGGGUAUAAUCCAAUUCCGAGCAGGGCUGACUGUAUCCGUUGGUGUGGUAACAUUAGUGUACAAUUCCCAUUCGGCUUUGAAGAGGGUUGCUUUGCCACUGAAGAGUUUCGACUCAACUGCACAAAUAUGACGCCAUCCGAUGCCAUGGUCAUGUUGGAGGAGAAAAAGGUCAUCAACAUGAAUGUUGAAGAAGCGACCUUUGAUGUCACCAUUCCCGACCAACAACGAUGGGACCCCGUAUCACCACCUAACGGUCUUUUAUCGGCAAAUGGGUUAUUUCUCUCUGUCAAGUGGGUUGCUGCCCAUCUAAGUUGCGCAGAGGCUCAACAGAAUAGAUCUGGAUAUGCUUGUGUAAGUGCCAACAGCAAAUGUGUGGAGGUAAGCUCUGAAAGGAUCUAUGCUGGUUACCGCUGCAAAUGCUCAGAUGGCUUCCGAGGAAAUCCAUACAUCCAAAGUGGUUGUCGAGAUAUUAACGAAUGCCUUCAACCAAACAGCUGUAAAGGGAUCUGCCAUAAUACCAAAGGAAGCUUCAGUUGUACUGAAUGUCCUCUCAAGACUGAGUAUGAUCCAAUAAAAAUGCAGUGUACCAAGAUAAAACAACAGCCUCUACUCUUAGGUAUAAUUAUUGGGAUGUCCUGUGGUUCCAUGAUUCUUCUUCUGAGCUUCAGUAUAGUGUUUCUUACUCGUAGAUGGAAAAUAAAUGUUCAAAAGCAACUAAGGAAGAACUACUUCCGGAAGAACCAAGGUCUUCUCCUAGAAACGUUGAUACCAUCUGAUGAAACUGCAAAUGAGAAUACAAAGAUUUUCUCUUUAGAAGAGCUAGAGAAGGCAACCAACAACUUUGAUCCUACGCGUAUCGUCGGCUGUGGGGGCCAUGGCAUGGUUUACAAAGGCAUAUUAUCUGAUCAGCGUGUCGUUGCAAUAAAAAAAUCUAAGGUCAUUGAGGAGUGUGAGAUCAGUCAAUUCAUCAAUGAGGUUGCAGUUCUCUCUCAGAUAAAUCACAGAAAUAUUGUAAAGCUCUUUGGAUGUUGUCUCGAAACUGAGGUUCCACUGCUCGUGUAUGACUAUGUGUCCAGUGGCUCACUGUCUGAAGUUCUUCAUGCUGAUUCAAGUGAUGGUUUUUCUUUGUCUUGGAGUGAUUACUUAAGGAUUGCCCUGGAAACAGCAGGAGCUCUAUCUUAUCUCCACUCUUCAGCUGCAAUAUCAAUCUUCCAUCGUGAUGUGAAAUCCUCGAAUAUACUCUUGGAUGUGAACUACACAGCUAAAGUUUCAGAUUUUGGCACCUCUAGAUUGGUUCCGAUUGAUCAAACACACAUUGUCACGAAUGUACAGGGUACAUUUGGCUACUUAGAUCCAGAGUAUUUCCAUACCGGACAGUUAAACGAGAAGAGCGACGUGUACAGUUUUGGUGUGGUACUAGUGGAGUUGCUUCUCAGAAUGAAGCCUGUUUUUACAAGUGAAUCGGGCAUGGUCAAGAGCUUGUCAAACUAUUUUAUCCAGGAAUUCAAGGAUGGAAGAAUCACAAGUAUUGUUAACUCUCAGGUCCUCGAGGAGGCAACCGACGAAGAGGUGAACAGUGUCGCCUGUCUUGCAGAGGCGUGCUUAAGGCUAUAUGGCGAAGAAAGACCCACAAUGAAACAAGUGGAGACAGAACUGCAGACUCUACGAACAAAACGGGUGAAGUCAUGUCAAGCAGAUCCGAGAAAUGAAGAGCGAAUGCUACCGGAGUCACUACCUCAAAGAGGAGUUAUAGCUGCUCGCCAAUCUUUGACAACAGAACUGGAUGAGAGAGAUAACUUACAGUCAAGAGACAGCCGACAAUGCUAUAGCUUAGAGUGUGAGUUCAUGGCGUCUGCUAGUCUACCACGCUAGAUGAGUCCGUCAAGUCAAUAAUGGAUGAUGAUUAUGUUUCCAUUUUGUUAACUGGUUUGUGUUUCAGACUAAAACUACAGAGAUUGGUACCCAUAAGUCAAUUUGUGUCCAGGCAUCAUGAUUGUAGAGACAUGGAGUGAAUGGCUGGCAUAUGCAUUGUAUUGAUGAAAUGCUGAUAAGGCAUAUUCUGGAUUAUAUUAGCAAUUAUUUUGAGCACUCCAUUGCUAUGA